AUGCCUUCCGUGCUACGAGCAAUGUUCCCACCGGCUCCAACCUUUACCGACAAAGACCUACCGUCUCUAGCCGGUAAAGUGUUUUUGGUAACUGGUGCAGCGUCUGGCGUUGGCUUUGAACUCGCCAAGAUUCUCUAUGCCGCCGGCGGAACCGUGUAUAUUGCCGCUCGCUCAUUAUCACGAUGCGAGGGAGCCAUCGAGAAGAUCAAGGCCCAAACAAGUGGACGAAAAGCUGAAGGGACAUUGAAAAUCAUGGUUGUCGACCUAGCAGAUCUAGGGGCAGUGAAGACUGCUGCUGAGGAAUUUCUACAACAAGAGACUCGGCUUGAUGUCCUGAUCAACAAUGCGGCUGUGAUGAUUCCACCUACUGGAAGCAAAAGCAAACAGGGUCAGGACCUCGAAAUGGCUACUAAUUGUCUCGCGCCGUACCUCCUUACGCUCCUCCUCGAACCUCUUCUCGUCCGAACAGCUGCCUCAAGCACUCCAUUCAGCGUCAGGGUUAUUUUUGUUGUAGCACUUAUGCAGCAUGGCACGCCUCCCGGUGCAAUGUCGUUCGAUAGCAAUGGAACUCCAAAGAUCCUGCCAAAGGGCUUCGAUAAUUACAUGCACAGCAAGGUUGGUGGGACGUGGUUGGCUGCUGAAUUUGCAAAGCGUUUCGAGGGCAAAGGUGUUCUCAGUCUGUCUGUGCAUCCGGGAUUGAUGCGAACUGAAUUGCAACGGAACAUGGGUGUUAUCGCGCCAAUUGGGAUGAAAUUGAUGUUCAAGACUCCUGUCUACGGCGCCUACUCCGAGCUUUACGCUUCAUUAUAUCCAUACCUCAGUGCUAAAAAUAAUGGCGGAUAUGUGAUGGCUUGGGGAAGAGUUGAAGAGCUCCCAGCUGAUAUUACCAACGCGCUUAAAAGCAAGGCAGAGGGUGGAAGUGGUGCUGCGCAAAUAUUCUUGGAUUAUUGCGAGCGAGAGACGAAGCCGUUUCAGUAG